GUAGAGUAAGAACCCGGAAGUUAUUCAGUAGCUGGAAUGAGGCUGUAAUCAGACCAACAUGAAGAUAAAUGAAAACACUUUACUGGAGGGAAACAGAGUCUUACUGGUUCCAUACAAUGAAGAGCAUGUUCCCAGAUAUCACGAGUGGAUGAAGUCUCCGGAGCUGCAGCAGCUGACCGCCUCAGAGCCGCUGAGCCUGCAGCAGGAGUACGACAUGCAGAGGAGCUGGAGGGAGGAUGGCGACAAGUGCACCUUCAUCGUGUUGGAUAAGGAGCGCUGGGCGGACCCCGGUGUGGAGGAGGCGCAGUGCAUGGUGGGAGACGUCAACAUCUUCCUGACCGACCCCACGGAUCCGUCCGUAGCUGAGCUGGAGGUCAUGAUAGCAGAGCCGAGUUACAGAGGAAGAGGCAUUGGGAAGGAGGUGACUCGCAUGAUGAUGAUCUACGGAAUCAACAAACUAGGAGUCAGAAAGUUUCAAGCAAAAAUUGGUCUGGACAACCAGGCCAGCAUCUCCAUGUUCAGGAAGCUGCAGUUCCAGGAGGUGUCUGUGUGCAGCGUGUUCAGAGAGGUGACCCUGGAGCUGACGGUGGACGAGUCGCUUCGGAUCCGCCUGCAGGGGGAGCUGGCUGAUAUGAAGGAGAGGGACUACAAACAAACAUGCAGCAACAGACGAGCGCCGGUGCUGCAGUGAGGCGACCGACAUCAGAAGUCCGAGUCUGACGGAAGGACGGAUGCUCCUUAAACUCGAUGGAUGGAGGAAAAUAAACUGGACUAACAGAAGGAUGGAGAGACACAAAUAAUUUCUGGAUUUCUGGAAGUUUCUGCUUCUUUGCCUAAAAUGUUUCUAACCUAACCGUCCCUGAACGCCUCACGAACUUCCUCCCUGACAUCCGGUGACAUCAGUAUGACUGCAGCCUGUGGAAGAACCUCAGUGCAGCGUUUGAUACUGUUGAUUACUGGAUUUUAUUAGAGCGCCCGGAAACUGGGCGGGACUUCCUGUUCCAGAACUGGACUGGUUCAGAUCCCAUUUGAAUGACAGAGCCUUUAGUGUGUCUGUAGAGAACUUUACACCAGAGACUGUAAAAAAAAUCACAUGUGGCGUUCCCCAAGGAUCCAUCUUAGGGCUCCUCUUAUUCAAUCUCUACAUGCUUCCUUUAACUCAUUUUAAUAAACAUCUGUUGCCAUAGCGAUGCAGACGACACACAGCUGUUCAUCACCAGGUCACCAUGAACCCAGAGAAGAAAUCAAUGCAUGGAUGGAAUAAAUCAUCUGAAUCUGACUAAACUGAAGUCGUUUUUGGACCAAAGGAAAAUUGUUUCAGAUUUAGCAUCCAGCUAGAAAGCAGCAAUCAGGCUUUAAAUGUGAGUUUAGUGAUGAACUCAGACCUGAACCUUCAGAGGCUCCGAGAGACAGGAAGAAAGUCGACCUUCUAUCACCUGAAGAACAUC